AUGAACAAACAUAUCGAGACAUUACUAACGUCUCUUGCUGAAAACGCUCGUAAUCAGGCAGAAAUGCAGCAAGACCUUUGUACUUUCAACAAUCAAGACACACAGAAACUGGUCCGAGCUCUUGUAAAUGGAGAGGGAUUGAGACCAACAAGAACCGCGGCAUCUAAUGAUGGGACUUCUGCUAGUGGCUCCGGAAGCUCACAAAGCAACGCUCGACAGCCUGGAACUACUACAUCUCCACAAAGACGAUAA